GCAGGGGAUACGAGCAGGAAGAGGAGGAGGGUUGGAGCUCGAAAGUUAGGCGAGUGAGGCUGGGUCUGUCGCUCACCUGCCUGGUCCACGCUCGUGCUGGCUCCUUGGCGCCUGCCGCGCCGACGUAGCACCCUGACCUGAACCCGAGUGAGGGAAUGAGCUACUUGCUAUCUCCAACCUGAUCAAAACCUCUCUAGAUCAGAACCGGACCUGACUGGCCCAGGCAAGCUCGACCCUCUCCUAUCCAAGUCGUCUUCAUCGCCUCGUUCAGUCCUUCCACUUCUCGAGCCUUUUAUUUUGUUCGUGUGAAUGGCCCCUUGAGCCUCCCUUCGGACCAAGCCCACGCUUUCGACCUGACACAUCCUGUUGACUUUGCUUUGUCCACCCACUAGCCAGCUCACUUUCCACCAAAACAAUUGACCUCGACUAAGAUACACGACCAGUCCUGCGGGACCGAGCUUUGGAGAUGGGUGCCUGUGGAUCUUCAUGCUGCGGAAGCAAAUCUCGCGAUGGCCUCUAUGAACCAGUCCUGGCCGAGAGUGAACGAGAGGCUGUGGCAGACCUCCUACAGUAUCUAGAGAACCGUGGCGAGACCGACUUCUUUUCCGGCGAACCUCUCCGAGCUUUGAGUACUUUGGUCUUCUCUGAUAAUGUAGACCUACAACGGAGCGCAAGCUUAACCUUUGCGGAAAUUACAGAGCGAGAUGUUCGUGAAGUUGACCGUGAUACCCUGGAGCCAAUCCUAUUCCUCCUUCAGAGCCCCGAUAUCGAAGUUCAAAGAGCCGCCAGCGCUGCGUUGGGAAAUCUUGCUGUCAAUACCGAGAACAAAGUCGCUAUCGUACUCCUCGGUGGCCUCACCCCUCUUAUUCGCCAAAUGAUGUCGCCGAAUGUCGAGGUUCAAUGCAAUGCGGUUGGAUGCAUCACAAACUUGGCAACUCACGAGGACAAUAAGGCAAAGAUUGCCCGGUCUGGAGCAUUAGGUCCACUCACCCGUUUGGCAAAAUCUAAGGAUAUGCGCGUACAGAGAAAUGCUACUGGAGCCCUGUUGAACAUGACACAUUCUGAUGAGAAUCGACAACAGUUGGUGAAUGCUGGAGCUAUUCCUGUGCUCGUUCAACUCCUCUCCUCUACAGACGUCGAUGUUCAAUACUACUGCACCACAGCUCUCAGCAACAUCGCGGUUGAUGCAAACAACAGGAAGAAGCUGGCACAAAACGAGAACAGACUCGUGCAGUCCUUGGUAGCCUUGAUGGAUUCUUCUUCGCCAAAGGUUCAAUGCCAGGCAGCUUUGGCUCUUCGAAAUUUGGCUUCGGAUGAGAAAUACCAGCUCGAGAUUGUGCGGGCUCGAGGUCUUGCGCCAUUACUCCGAUUGUUGCAAUCUUCAUACCUACCUCUAAUUUUGUCCGCCGUCGCCUGUAUACGAAACAUCUCGAUCCAUCCACUCAACGAGUCCCCUAUCAUAGAUGCCGGCUUCUUGAAGCCGUUGGUCGACCUGCUGGGAUCCACUGACAAUGAAGAAAUUCAAUGCCAUGCGAUUUCUACUCUAAGAAAUUUGGCCGCCAGUUCUGACCGGAAUAAAGCCCUCGUUUUGGAAGCUGGUGCUGUACAGAAGUGCAAGCAACUUGUGCUCGACGUCCCUCUUAGCGUGCAGUCUGAGAUGACAGCCGCCAUCGCUGUUCUGGCUCUCAGUGACGAGCUGAAGACACAUCUUUUGAAUCUAGGUGUAUUCGAUGUGCUCAUUCCGUUGACCGACUCCCAAAGCAUUGAAGUGCAAGGUAACAGUGCUGCAGCUCUGGGAAACUUGUCGUCGAAAGUGGGUGAUUAUUCCAUUUUCAUCCAGGACUGGACAGAGCCAAACGGAGGUAUCCAUGGUUACCUAAAGCGUUUCCUCGCCAGUGGAGAUGCCACUUUCCAACACAUUGCAAUUUGGACUCUUCUCCAACUGCUGGAAUCUGAGGAUAAGAAACUAAUUAAUCUCAUUGGAAAGUCCGAGGAGAUUGUACAGAUGAUCAAGACGAUUGCCGAUACUCAGAUCGAAUCCGACGAUGAAGCCGAAGAGGAUGGCGAAGGGGAGGUUGUGCAACUUGCUCAACGAUCUCUACAAUUGCUUGGGCAAAACAAACCGUCCCAUAUUGAAGGUUGACCCAUACCAAAUGUUCCGUUAUAGAAUUUGUGCUUUGUUCUGCAUUUUGGCUGGAAGGGCGAGGUGUUUGGCGCAUUUAGUGAGGGCAUACUUUAGUAGCGAGCAUUGACGGAGCUGAGGCGAGAGAAAGGGCGAAGCUCUUUUCAGGUCGAUGGGAAAAUGAGGCAAUCCGGCCAUCCUUUUCGCACACGUUUUAUUCGAGCUUUUACUCCUACUUGUCGUGGUCCAUACAGGACUUGGGGGCUUAUUCCAUGUAAUUAGAUAGGACUUUUAUGAUAUCCACUACAGCUUCGAAUU